AACGGAAUCUCAGAGCAACCAGGUGUAGGGCAGGGAAAGUACGGCUCCAGGUAGCACAUUUAUAGAUGCUAUAUGUCACUAGCUGCCCACAAUCUGGAAACCAGGAGCAGAGAAAGUGCUCUGGGUACUGAGAAACACUGCACAUCUGAUAACCUGCAAAAGGUACAGCAAGAUGAGUUGCUACUCUUUCCUGAGGAUGAUGAUGUUUGUGGUCAAUGGUGUGAUAUUUUUGGGGGUCUGGUUUGCUGUGGGUGUUGGCAUCUGGGUGAAGGUGGAUAGCACACAUCUUCGUGAAGGUCCUGGGAGAAGCAACUCCACACCUGAUGCAGUGCUCAACGUGGGCUACCUUUGUAUUGCAGUUGGCACCUUCCUCCUCAUUGUGGGCUUUAUGGGAUGCUGGGGGAUCUGUCAAGAAAGCAAGUGCAUGCUUUUGGUGUUCUUUGUGCUUACACUGAUCCUUUUCAUAGUGGAAGUGGCAGGCGCUGUUGUGGUGUUGGCUUUUUCCUCUGUGGCAGAUAUAUUUGUUGAGCACUUGAAGAAAUGGGCCAUGAAGUCUUUGAAAGAGGACUAUGAAAGGCAAGAGGACCUCACAGCCAUCUGGAAUACAACAAUGAAAGAGCUGAAGUGCUGUGGAUUCAACAAUUAUACUGAUUUCAACAGUUCCUACUUCUAUCAAACUCACAUGGAAUAUCCUUCUGUUUGCUGCCUAGAUGACAAACCUUGCAAAGAAUCUGAAAUAGAUCACCAAAAACAGGGUUGCUUGCAUGCAUUCCAGGUUUUCCUGAGUAAAAAUGGGAAGAUUGUAGGAGGUGUGGCUUUAGGAAUUGGGGUUCUAGAGUUGGCUGCCAUGGUUGUCUCCAUGAAUCUGUAUUGCAAGAUUGGUACUGCCAGUUGAAGUAAAGCAUUCACCACGGACACAGCUUUGGCUCUGGUUGUGUCAGCCUCUGCACUUGCCAUGAAAGAGAUCUGACAAGCAUCCUUAUUCACAGGGGAAAUCAAGGAAUACCCUAUCAACAGAGUUAUCUACGAUUUUGAUCCUCAUUCAUAAUUGUCGAGACGUUACUCUGCCCUUAGUAUGUUUUGUUUCCCCCAGAGGUUAUCAGCACAUGUACAGACAUGUGCUCGCCUUAAAAGACACCUCAAACACAUAUCAAUCUAUUGUUUUGGGCUUCCUCUGUAUUAAGUCAUGAACAAAGCGGGGUGCAUGAAGCCUCAGUUGUUUUUGUUUUGCUUUGUUUUGUUUUUCAGGGAGGGUCACAGAUCACAGAAAAGCAAACAGGGGAAAAAUGAGAGCACAAACAUUUUUUUUUCUUUGAAAACAGUAAAAGCUGUUUUUCGAUCUGAAACCAGCAACAAUCCCAAGAAGCAGACUUCCAACUCCUUCUUGGUUGCUUGGCUUUCAAGUUGUGAUUUUUUUACCAUCAGAGUCCAUAGUGAAAGUGUGAAAGGGUGACACAGUGGCUAUCCGAAAUUGACCACCCCUGACAUGGAUGAUGGAAAAUCCAAGGCAGUUUUUGUACCCACUUUCACUUGAUUAAAUUCCUAUGUAUUAGUGAACAUUCUUGUCAUCAGUACAUAACUACCAAAGCUACAGGCUUUAAUUAGUUUAACUAAUAGUCAGCUAAAACUUUAGUCGAUUAACUGGUAUAGACAAUUUAAAUUCAUGAUGCCAUGAGCUGCAGGGUGAUUUCUUCAUUUGGGAGGACUUUAUUGGGUCUGGGCGAAAGGAAUUAUUUUAAAACAUCACUCUUCUAAUUAUGAGUCUUUCUUAAUUGAAUUGAAAGUUACCAGCCCACCAAUAUCUCAAUAAAAUAGUUUUCAAGUAUGAAAAUGUGCUUAAUUUUUCAAAGGGAAAUAUGGUGGAAAACACAACACUGUGCCUCCAUUAUUCAC